AUGGACUUCAUAGAAGCUUUAGGCGAAGGUGGACAUUCUUACGUAUGGAAGGUCAAGAUAAAUGGUUCACUCUAUGCAUUGAAAAUGUUCAAGUACUUUGACCCCAGCGACCUCAUUGACCUUCUCGAAACAACACCUGAGGAAGUCCCAUGCGACUCGGAAGACAUCUUAAACUACUUCGACCCCUUCAACAACGAGUGUCGAGCCUACGGCAGAUUGAAGGAGCUUGGUCGGGAAGACCUCGCCGUCCAGUGCUACGGUUACAUGAUCCUUGACAAAUCCGACGAGAAAGUACUAGCCAAGAAGGGGAUCACCAGAUGGUACGGAGAGGACUGCUGGUAUCCCGACAACCCAGGCCACGACCCAUCGCAGCCUGUGCCAGAGCGUGGCCCCAUCCGCGCUCUUGUCAAAGAGUACGUUGAAAGAACGACAUCUUUCGAGCCCAAAGACGUCCCACGCAUGCACCGAGAGCUGCGAGCGCUGCACCGCGGGGGGAUACUACACCGGGACAUCAAGAAGGACAACUACAUAAACAGCAAGUUCCUCGAUCUGAGCAACUCCUGGACGAUGCCGCACGUCAUGCUGGACCUGCGCUCGCGCUUCAGACCCAAGCGCGAGAUAUACCACAGAACGUUCACGGAGUGGGCCGAGUUCGACCACAUGAUCAGCGGCUACGACUACCGCGAGCGGAACGACGUGUGGUGCCGCGCGCUUCCCAACAUCGGAUACCGGAGGAAGCUCAGAAGGCCAAACGAGAGGUACAGAGGUGGGAUUGAGAGGGCGUGGUCCAAGGCCCAGCCUGCGCACUAUAAAGAGUCGGCCAAGUUUGUCCAGCGUGAGACCGCGUUUCGGUGGCUGUAG